UCUGAUAAAAAAAAAAAAGGGAAUAAUCAAAUAACAUUGGAAACAAUCUCUAAUGGAAAAGCUCCGAGAUAUCACGUAUAUGAUAGUUAUUAAUGCACCUCACCUCCCAUCUCCCCAACUUAUUCCAUGACUCCGUUGGUUGGCAGAAUGCGAUGGCUUUUACAUUUUCCAGCUAAUUAAUUAUCAUUUAUAAACCCUUUAUUAUCUUCUCCAGUGUCUCUGAGCUGCUGCUUUUUCUUUUAUAUAAUUAAGGGAGAGCAAAAGCAAGAAAAAUCCCUGAGAUGGCGCUGGCCUGGUUUCUUACUUUCUAUCUCCUUGCAACAUCUCUGGCAGAACUUCAAGAAUAUAAGUCAUCAGCCAGUCAGUCUAGCAUACAGCUCAACUUAUACCAUGUCCAUGGACCUGGCUCCUCUCUCUCUCCCAAUUCUUCCACAUCUCUCAGUGAUGUACUCACGCAUGAUGAAGAACGUGUAAAGUAUCUUAGACACAGACUAGUGAAGGGAAGUGUACGGAAUGCCUCGGUCCCACACCACAAAUCCGGACAUCUCCUGGAACCAAAUUCUGCCAGCGUCCCAUUGAGUCCUGGUUUGUCUAUCGGCUCUGCUAAUUACUAUGUGAAGUUAGGCCUCGGUUCCCCUCCCAAAUACUAUGCCAUGAUCAUCGACACAGGUAGCUCCCUCUCCUGGCUUCAGUGUCAGCCUUGUGUUGUAUACUGUCAUAGCCAGGUAGAUCCUCUGUUUGAACCCUCUGCAUCUAAGACCUACAAGAGGCUAUCAUGUGCCACCCCUCAGUGCUCUUCUCUGAAGGCCGCCACUUUGAAUGACCCUGUUUGUGCCGCUAAUGGUGCAUGCGUGUACACAGCCAGCUAUGGUGAUGCAUCUUACUCAAUGGGCUACUUGAGUCAAGAUCUACUGACCUUAACACCAACACAGACCUUGCCCCAGUUCACCUACGGAUGCGGGGAGGACAACGAGGGGUUAUUUGGUAGAGCAGCAGGUAUUAUAGGGCUAGCCCGUGACAAGCUAUCAAUGUUAGGCCAGUUGUCUACCAAGUACGGAUAUGCCUUCUCCUAUUGCCUUCCCACAGCCACUUCUAUCUCUUCUGGAGGGGGCUUCUUGUCCAUUGGAAACAUUUCUCCAUCGCCCUACAAGUUCACCCCAAUGAUCAGAAACCCCCAGAAUCCCAGCUUAUACUUUUUGAGGCUGGCAGCAAUUACCGUCGGUGGUAGGCCUCUGGGAGUGGCCCCUGCUGGUUACCAGGUCCCCACCAUCAUAGACUCUGGAACUGUUAUCACGCGACUGCCAAUGUCCAUUUAUGCUCCACUUAAGGAGGCUUUCGUAAAGCUCAUGUCCAAGAGAUACGCACAAGCCCCUGGAUAUUCCAUACUGGACACAUGCUUCAAGGGAAGUCUCAAGAGCCUGUCGGCUACGCCUGGGAUUCAAAUGAUUUUUCAAGGAGGCGCAGACCUCUCUCUUGGAGCCCCAAACAUCUUGUUAGAAGCUGAUAAGGGUGUCACUUGUUUGGCCUUUGCGAGUAGCAACCAAAUUGCAAUUAUUGGAAAUCAUCAACAACAGACAUAUAGCAUUGCUUAUGACAUCCCCGCUUCAAGAAUUGGGUUUGCUCCUCGCGGCUGCCGUUGACCAGCACAGCUGCUAACCCUGUUACCAAUAAAGAUCCAUGACUGCACAAGCUAAUAGGGUUGCCACAUAAAAAGUAUAUAUACCAAAAAAGAUAAUAAAAUCAUCUGAACAUGCAGGAAUGGCUAGUGAAAGUAUAUUGAAUGAUUAUGUAAAAUUUUACUUAGUAUUGUGAUUAUUAUUUAAUUUCA